CCAACCCCAUUUCCAAGCCCGAACCCGGCGACGACCACCUGAGAGAGAGAGAGAGAGCGCCCCCCGCCGGCCGCCGCCGCGCUGUCCCUGCCGGCCGGCACCCCGAUGGACCACGCCCCGCGCCACGGCGGCUCGCCGUCCUCCGCCGCAGCGCCGCCGCCCUCGCCGCGGUACUCGCUGCCGCCGAUCCGCCUCCCCCUGGAGGACAUACUCUUCUGCGUCGACGUCGACGCCGAGGCGCUGUCCGAGAUGAAGGCCGCCCCCGCCCCCGCCGCCAGCCCCGGGCCCCCCGGCGCUACUGGUGCUGCUGCUCCUGCUGCUGCGGCGCUGACGAUGGGGCCGCGGCCGGCGGUGAAGCGGAUGGACGCCGUCAAGCAGGCGCUCAUGCUCUUCGUCCACAGCAAGCUCACCAUGUGCCCCGACCACCGCUUCGCCUUCGCGACCCUCCGCGACACCGUGUCCUUGGUGAAGAAAGAAUUCAGCAGUGAUUCUGCUCCUGCAAUUGAGAUAAUCCAAUCCCUGGCUGCUACUGAAACGAGAUAUGCAAUGGCUGAUCUCACCCAGCUCUUCAAGAUAGCGUAUGAGGAAGGGAAAAGAGCAGAACUGCAAGGCCGGCUACUUAGAGUGGUACUCAUCUACUGCCGGUCCUCAACCAAGCCUCAUCAUCAGUGGCCCAUAAAGCAAAAGAACUUCACCAUGGACAUAGUCUAUCUCCAUGACAAGCCUACUGCUGAUAACUGUCCACAAAGGGUAUAUGAUGUGCUGGUUGAUGCCCUUGAGCAUGUCAGCCAGUAUGAGGGCUACAUUCUUGAGACUGGGCAAGGGCUUGCUCGGGUCCUGUUCCGUCAGACGUGCAUUCUUCUAUCGCAUCCCUUGCAACGCUGCAUGCAAGAUGACCUUGAUAUCCCCAAGCAAGUUGUUAAGAAAACCCUGGUUGCUGAAGCUGUGCAGAAUGAGGAUAGUGUGCCGGUCUCCAGCCAGUAGUUAGGCCUCCUAGCUAAACGGUAUGUAUUCAUAAAAGUUUGUUCUGCAUGUUGUAAGUGGUCGAGCAGAUAAUCCUUUUACUGCUGUGGCUGAGCUUGGGAUGGCAUUGAACAUGAAGAUGUACUCGGGUAGCUCCUUUGAUUUGAAUCAUUACAGUCAAACUGCAGUUCUGUUAUUUUUCAGAACAAUCCAAGGUUGAGCUAUAUGCUUUGUAUUUU